AUGGCCAGACCUCAACAGCGUUAUCGCGGUGUCAGACAAAGGCAUUGGGGUUCUUGGGUCUCCGAAAUUCGUCACCCUUUACUGAAAACAAGAAUUUGGUUAGGAACAUUUGAAACGGCAGAAGAUGCUGCAAGAGCAUAUGAUGAAGCAGCAAGAUUAAUGUGUGGACCAAAAGCUCGUACAAAUUUUCCAUACAAUCCAAAUGGACCACAAUCUUCUUCAUCUAAGCUUCUUUCACCAACUUUAACUGCAAAGUUAAAUAAAUGUCACAUGGCUUCUCUUUCUCUUCAAAUGUCCAAACAACCUCAAAAAGAGACACAACAACAUGUUCCAACACAAAGUUUUAGUUCUUGUUCUAUUAAUAAUACUAGCACUUUUGUUUAUGGUAAUGAUGACAUUCAUGGUGGAACAAGUGGUGAAAGUGGUUUGAUUAGAUGGCUUGAUGAAGGGAGUAGUUUUGUUGGUUUUGAAAGUCAUCAUCAUGUUGAAGUUUCUCAUCAACAAUUUCAACCUGUUCUUGAAGAUGAUCAUAUUGAACAAAUGAUUCAAGAGUUGCUUGAUUCUGGUUGUUCGAUUGAGAUUUGUUCCGUUGGUUCAUCUUAG